UUCGGAAGAUCAAAAUUUUGUUAUAAAUUAGUCUUCCGUUCUAUUCCGCUGCUCUUGGAACGCCUGACUAAAAUGCGUGUUGUGUUGUGUGUGUGUGGUGUGCAGGUUGCAGUCUUUUUGUGUGGCAAUCUCUUUUAACAAUGAGUUACGCCGUCAUCGCAUCUAGCUAAGGUUCUUAUUCGUAUCUGAAGACGCCAAACAUGAUGUAUUCAGUAAGAAUCACGAUUAUUAUUCUGUUGGUUAAUGCGGCUCUGGUGCUCGCGAAGAAGUCAUCCCCAGCAGAGAAACUGGUCGCGAAAGAAGUGAAGAAUUCUGGUAGUCUACCUUGCAAGAGUACAAAAGUUAAAUAUUUGAGGAAAUUACGAGAAUUUGGCUCUAGAGAAAAACUUAUGACAUGUUUGCUUAAGAUUCUCAACGACAAAAACUCUAAAAAUACUGCUUUGCUGUGGACAAUGCUUGGAGAAAUAUUCAACAAGCGGAAUGAAAAGUCCAAAGCAAAUAUUUGCUUUAAAGAAUCAUCCUCACUCAUGGGAAGACUUUCCACCUUUGUAUCAGAGUGGCAUUUCAUUGGACCUUUCACUAUUGGGAAGUCUGAGGUAGAUGGCGACCCUCUUGAAGACUGGGGAGGUGUGAAAAAUGUUUCAAUGUAUCGCUGGGAUGACCAAGUGAUACACCUGUCUGAACUUGCUCCAAAUGGGGAGAUUAAAUGGCAUGCGAUCAAGGCAAGCAGUGCCACAGCACCAGUACAAGUCUUGCCUCCUGUGGACUGGAAUGAGCUUGUCAUGUCUCUGCAAUCUAUGGGUAUUGCUGAAUGGCAAGGAUGGGUGUUAGGUGAUGUUAUUGUUAACGAGGAAGCAACGGUGUUGUUUCAAGCCUUGGGUGUAACACAUAUGUACAUUGAUGAUGUGAUGCUUCCUGGAGAUGUGUACAGGAGAGAUCAGUUUUGGUACCCUAUCCAACUGACACAAGGUGUUCACACAGUUCAAAUCAAGCUUCGUGCAAAAGGGCCUGUAGCUUUCAACAUGAAUCUGAAGAUGGCUUCUGAGAGGCAGCCAAUCAAAAUUCUCAAACCUACUUUUCAGCCUGACAUUGUGAAUGGAAAGCUGUUCAGCAGAUACAUUUCUAUUCCUAUCAGUAAUUAUGAUUAUAAGAAAUGGGUAAAGGUGACAGGAGUACGCUGUACUAAACAAGAUUCUUUGACAGCAAGUCUGUAUGAUGCAUAUGGAAAUUCUGCUAUUGCUCCUGGGCAGACUAAAAAUAUAAUUAUCAAAAUAGGUUUAGGAAACAAAGAAGAUAUUGAUACUAACUGCUCUGAUCUGGAAUUUGUAGCCAUAUUCUCGUUUGAUUUUGGUAGAGAUGAAAAGAUUGCAUUAAAACUCAGAUGUAGGAGGAGAAAGGAAUCAUUUCUGUUUACAUUUGUUGACCACGAUGGGUCAUUACAGCAUGCAGCAGUGAUUGAACCACUUUCAGGCUGUACAUCUGUGUGUCCUGUGUUACUCACACUUCAUGGAACAACUGUCCCCCCACAAAACCAAGCUGACAGCUAUAAGAGGAUGGAAAAUGGAAAAUGGGUGUUUGGAGUAGAGCAUCUUUGGGUGUUGGCUCCUACAAGACAUGGUGCCCAUAACUGGGAGGGGCCAGGGGAGCUAACGGCAGUUACAGCUCUCUCGAGGCUGGCAGAACUGACCAAUCAAGCUUCUUGGGUGGAAAACAAAGCAUCUGAUCGACACAUUGUGAUAGCUGGCCAUUCUAUGGGUGGGCAUGGGGCAUGGCAGUUGGGCACUCACUACCCUGAUAACACCUUAGCUCUUAUCUCUGCUGCCGGCUGGAUCAGGAAAGAAGACUAUGGGGACUCCAAUUUGUUUUUUCGUCAUGAUGUCAGCACAAGUCAUGUGGAUCCGAUAGUCAAAUCUCUGAUGGAAUCUUGUGUGGCAGAAAAUGAUGCAGACAAACAUGUCUCAAACUUGCAUGGCAUCCCUGUGAUGAUUCGCACAGGUGCCAAGGACCAAACAGUGCAUCCCUACUUUUCGCGCCGCAUGUACCGGCUGCUAAGGCAACAGAGGAGUAAUGUGACGUAUGCAGAGAUACCAGGAAAAGAACACUGGUGGUGGGACACAUACAGGACCAACGAUGGAGGGGUGACUAACGACCCGGUCAUCAGGAACUUCGCAAUAACUCAUGUGCCAGCUGGUCAAAUCACGGCAGAGACUUGUGGCUCAUCCGGGGGUCGUUGUGACGAAGGAGGAGCAGCCAAUAAAUACAAAGAUCCUCUACAGUUCGACAGGAAUCUUUUUGGGGAUGGCGUUUUCACUCUAACUCUAUACAAUCCGGCCUCUUCCAAAGGCGUCCGGGGUGUCCGCGUUCUCCAGCAGCUCGUGCCAUUCCGUAAGACCGUCGUCCGUCUACAGCUAUCACGUGAUUCUGCUAUACUACGAACUUCAAACGCUGCUAGGAUUUCUCUGGAAGAGCCUGCAGUAUCACCUGUUCGCUGGGCACAGCGGCCUUUUGAGAUCGAUGACACCUCUUUAAGCUUGAAGGUAGAGAUUGAAGCCCCCGUGCAUAUCUGUCGAACAGAUGAUAACAAAUGGCAGAUAUGCAAGAUGGAGAACUACAGGAAUGGUCCAGAAAGGGGACCUUGGAAUUACGGACCAGCCCGUCGAGUUGUCGAAGCUCCUUAUCUUAUAGUUGCUGGUACCCGUGGUGACGUCAGCGAUACCAAGAGGCUCCGACAAUACGCCGUGUAUAUCGCUAAUCUGUUCCAUGUGACGUCAGAGGGCGUGGCACCUGUUGUCAUGGAUACAGAUCUAGAUGACGUCACAUCCGCGAAAUUUAAUCUGAUCGUGAUCGGUAGCUCUGCGCUCAACAGUUGGACGAAGCGAUUUGCGACAACGACCCCCUUACAGCCUAGACGAGGUGGAAUCACGCUAGGAAACUGUAAUUUCCAAGAAGCACGGACGGGUGCCCUAUGGCUGGCACCUCAUGGCAGUACUCGAUUGGCUCUUAUCCUGACAGGAAACUCACUGGAAGGACUGGAGGAUAUCAUUCACUUAGCCACGCCCACAAUCCCACCAAUGACGCGCUCGCCUUUUUCGAAUCUUGUCCCCGAUUACGUCAUCACAGGGCCUCGUUUUGGUGCGCGUGGGCCUGGGGGCUAUCUUUGUACUGGUUUCUGGGGCAACAGCUGGGAAUACCGACGGGAUGUGUCCUCCUGCACCUGUUAAUCACGUGCUUAUCACGUGAUGUGGGUUAAACCUAUUUCAAAAUGGCGACCAAAAUCUUGUUUUGUUUUUAAGAAUAUAGCACUAGAGCUACAUUAUAAAGAAAAAUCCAAUGUUUGACUCUAGUGUGAACUAUUCAAUGAUUGACCUGUUUGUUUGCUAUAGGAAUCUACCUAACAUCGGGCGAAUAAUGAAAUAAAAGAUAAAGAUUGGUCGAUUGCGUCUUCUUAGAGCUCCCGUAAGCGGAGAACCUAACAGCGUUGAAUUUUUGUCAAUGGUGGAAAAUCUUUGUACUAGAGUAUGUAUGCUUUUAAAUAAAACAAGAGUAAUCUUGUCCUUACUCAUGUACAAAA